CUGUUUUGGCUAAGAUACAGAUACAGACAUACAGUACGCUCAGUCUCUCAUACACUUUAAUGGUCAUUUUCUUCCGCCAUAGUCCAAUACCAUUGCUUUAUUGCCUUCUUCCUUAAGCUAGUAUUGCUGUUCGACUUCGAGCUCCGCCAUUUUUGUUUAUUAGCUUCAUGAUAGUUUAAUCUAUGAUUUAGUUUGAUUAAUUUACUCUGGGGUUUUGAAGUGAAUUUGGUUAAAUAUGUCGUCUUCUACGUCGAGAGGUGGAGGUUCCGACCAACCGCCAACAAGACGGUUGAUGACACAGACGGCGGGGAAUAUUGGAGAAACGGCAUUUGACAGUGAGAUAGUUCCGUCAUCUCUUGUUGAGAUUGCUCCCAUUCUUCGUGCUGCUAAUGAAGUUGAAGAGCAUAAUCCUAGGGUAGCUUUUCUGUGUAGGAAUUAUGCUUUUGAGAAAGCUCAUCGAUUGGAUCCAACAUCCAGUGGUCGUGGUGUCCGGCAAUUCAAAACUGCACUUCUUCGAAGGCUAGAGAUGGAAAAUGAUCCAACAUUAAAGGGAAGAGUUAAAAAGAGUGAUGCACGCAAAAUGCAAAGUUUUUAUCAGCAUUACUACAAGAAAUAUAUUCAAGCUUUGGAAAAUGCAGCUGAUAAGGCUGACCGUGCUCAGCUCACUAAGGCAUAUCAGAUUGCUAAUGUGCUGUUUGAGGUAUUAAAAGCUGUGAACUGGACACAGUCCAUGGAAGUUGACCGCGAGAUCUUAGAUACACACAAUAAAGUAGCGGAGAAAACUGAAAUCUAUGCCCCGUACAAUAUGCUUCCUCUUGAUCCAGAUAGUGCAAAUCAGGCAAUUAUGUGAUACCCAGAGAUACAAGCUUCAAUGGCUGCCCUUCGUAACACUAGAGGCCGUCCUUGGCCCAAGGAUUACAAGAAAAAGCAAGAUGAGGACAGAAAGGUUGAUGAAUAAUGAUACAAUAAUUGGAUGGCAAAUCACAUGAAGGAUCUUCUUAAAAAGGAUAAUAUUAUAGAGGAUUUAUUUGUAUUUGAUUGUUUUCCUUUUAAAGCAUAUUCUGAUAUUAUUACGUAUUAAUAUAAAGUAAAGAAGGAAAUAAACAAUAAUUGAUUGAAGACCAAUAUGGUAGAAAAUAUUCCGGUACCUACAGGCUACAAUGUAAGGUAUGGCUUAUUAUUUAUUAUUGUUGCCAUAUUUGGAUUAAAAAUAUUAAAUUCUUACACUUGAAAGGCUUUAUCUC